AUGCUGCGGUGGCUGGUGGUGGUCGGAAUGGGUGCGAGGCGGCCGGAGCAGCUCAAAACGCUCACGGACGCGAAACAGGGCAGUCCGGCGCCGAGGUGCGAUUCCGACGUCCUGAGGAGGCGACAGCGGUCGGGAUGGUGGCGUCGAGCUGGCAGCAAGGCGGUGAGGCGGUGGUGGUGUCGCUCGGGGCUGAGAUCGCGCAAAGAAGGCCGGAGGAAGAGAAGUGUGUACGGUGGAUGUGGUGGUCACGCGAAGAACAGGGAGACUUUUACCGAUGUAGUAGGAAGCCCAUAUUAUGUCGCACCUGAAGUUCUGCGGAAGAGUUAUGGUCCAGAAGCUGAUGUAUGGAGCGCCGGUGUGAUGCUCUACACUCUCCUAAGUGGUGUUCCUCCAUUUUGGGGGCGAUUGAUACUAAGCUUUUAUUUUGGCGGUUGUUCUUCUUUCCAAUUUGGUUCAGAAUCGGAGGAGGAGAUAUUUGAAGAGGUUUUGCAUGGUGAUCUUGACUUCUCAUCAGAUCCUUGGCCCAACAUAUCUGAAAGUGCUAAAGAUCUAGUCAGAAGAAUGCUUGUCAGGAAUCCUAAAAAGCGGAUAACUGCUCAUGAAGUCCUUUGUCAUCCUUGGAUUCAAGUUGAUGGGGUAGCUCCAGACAAGCCUCUUGAUUCUGCAGUCUUGACUCGCUUGAAACAAUUCUCUGCCAUGAACAAAUUCAAGAAGAUGGCCCUUAGAAUCAUAGCAGAGAGCCUUUCUGAAGAAGAAAUUGCCGGGUUGAAAGAAAUGUUCAAGAUGAUUGACACAGACAACAGUGGUUAUAUUACUUUUGAAGAACUUAAAACUGGACUCAAAAAAUUCGGCGCAAACCUUAAUGAGUCGGAGAUGCUAGAUCUCAUGAAGGCUGCCGAUAUAGACAAUAGCGGCACCAUUGACUAUGGGGAAUUUGUUGCUGCUACUUUGCAUCUGAACAAAGUGGAGAAGGAAGACCAUCUAUUUGCCGCAUUCUCAUACUUCGAUAGAGACGGAAGUGGCUAUAUCACUCAAGAUGAGCUUCAACAAGCCUGUGAGGAGUUCGGCAUAAAGGAUGUCCGCUUGGAGGAAAUGAUCCAAGAAGUUGAUCAGGACAAUGACGGCCGCAUUGACUACAACGAGUUCGUGGCGAUGAUGCAAAUGGGGGACGCUGAUCUUGGGACAAAGGGUCUAAAGAGCAGGAGUUUCGGAAUCGGUUAUAGAGAAGCACUGUCCGUCUGUUAACACAGGGAAACGCCCCGCUCAAACGGUGUCCAUCCGGUAGAUGGAGCCAGGGUCCACUGCCGUCAACAGUGACUAUUCACCCGGUCCACGGUGAGCCUGGUGCGAACAAGUACUCCACGUCGACAAGCGAGCGUGGCUACCCAACUUCUUCUCCUUCUUUUAAGUUUAUUUUUUGACUGGAAGGUUACUUGU